AUGUCUGAAAGCAUAAAACUGGCUAAAGCCUACUUAUGGAUUACUAUGACUAUAUAUGACUUGAAUCAGUUAUUUGUAAGGGGUACAAAGGGAACUGGCCAGCUUUUACGUUUGGUUCUUCGUAGAUUCGAUUAUCAUGAUACUUAUUGCAGUCAGUGCAGUCGUCUUGAUCACUCAAGUACCAGUGGUAUGCAGAUUCAUCAAAGAUCACGACUAUGUGAUAAACAUUCUUUAUCGCCUAAACAGCAGAGAACUGAAUUUGAAUUCAACACAAAUUACUGUGGCUCACAAAUUUCACUGCUGCGUAUUGAGUCAAACUCAAAUAUUCCGCACUGUGGUAGCGAUUCUCAUUGGAUUAUUCAUAUUCUUUACAAUCUUCAUUUGUCUCAGUUUACGAAAAUGGAUAGUUUGGUGGUUUGCACCUAAUCCCAUAGUAUUUAUUCUAGCCUUUGCUGUUUGGUUUCUUAUGUUAUUCCUAUUCACACAAAUAUACACCAGCAUACUUCCUAGAAAUGGGAGUUCCACCUAAAUAUAUCGUUUGUGGAUUAUGAUUUUUAUCUAUGGUUAAAUAAUAAAUACUCUCCUGAAUGAGACUGGCUC